AUCUUGUGCAACGCAGUGUUAGUUCAGCAAUUUAUUCUCUUUGUACACAGAAGAUUAAUUUUACAAAAUAUUUUUGGAUAAUUCACUAAAUUUUGAAGAAAAACGAAUAGUAUGGGUGGACAUGGAGAUGACAGGGUUAGACAUAGAUUAGCUGGUAAUAGUGUUUAUGUGGACAGGAUGUUCUUACAGAAGUUUAUGCCGGAGCUAAACGAUUUUCUGCAUUAUCGAAUAAUAAAUGUCUCAACGGUUAAAGAAUUGUGCAUGAGGUGGGAUCCUGAUCUAUGCAACGCGUUACCAAAGAAAGAAAACCAUCACAGAGCCCUAGAGGACAUCAGGGAAAGUGUUUAUGAAUUAAAAUUCUACAAAACCCACUUUUUUAAAAACUAAUGAAAAAUUAAACAGUUUUAGAAAGAACACUAACAAUAUCUUUAUAUUUGAACAAGUCAUUGCAGAUUAAAACUGUAUAGGUAUCAUGACGAGGUACAUCGCUAUGGAACCUAAUAUCAUAAAAAGGGCCGUCAGAUCUACAUUGAACAGUCCCCAAGCCGUAAAUCGGAAGUUUCUGCCAUGGAUUUGUUCCGCGAAUAUCAUCAGAUAUUCCUUAAUACAUUGUUCUUCCUGACCUAGUUCUCCUCGUACGUUUAUCAGAAGCUUGUAUGCUAUGUCGAGAGUAUCUUUCUCUUGUUUAACCACGUCGUCACAUACGUACGUCAGCAGGAUGCAAAAUACCUGUAACAGACAUUAAAAUGUUCUUAGAAUGCUUGUAGUGAGCCACUUUUAAGGAAAAUAUAUCAAUACCGUUACCAUUUUUCAUGUAUUUGCAGUGCUAUGAUGUUUUCGUGAAAUAAGAAAAAUAUGUAGUUAAUAAUAAUACGCAC